AUGCGAAAUAUCUUACAACAUUAUGAAUUACUUUCUCCGUACAAUGCUUCAAAAGCAAUUUCAAUUGUCGAAUCGGCAAACGAAGCUUGUUUAUCGCAAUUUUUUAUCCGCAUCAAAAAGGAAUCCGAAGGCAUCAAGAACUACAUUAUGGAAACGCAUAACUGGACAGAUUCGGAACUGCUUCCAUCCCGGUGCAAGCAGUCUAGUACCGAUGACGGGUCGGAAUACAUUACCGAUUUACCGAAAUUAUUUGUCGAUUUACCGAAAGUACUUACCAAUUUGUGCAGUUUCCCCUUGGCAAACAAAUAUCGACAGCAGAAUUGGUGA